AGCGCCCCUUGUGGACGCCGUCUCAACUAACCGCUCUUCCUUCUCCUUCUCCUUUUCUCCAGGCCAUUGCCAUUUCCAUUUUCCAUUGAUCAGAUCCUGCGGGUCGGCUUACGUUUGGAGAAGUAUCCCUCGAAAUUUCAGCGGUCGUCGUCUAGUAAGAAUGGCUACCUCAGCAAUGGAUGUUGAUGAAGAAGAGCUAGAACUGCCCACGUCCAGCAGCAGCAAAGGAGAGAAGAAGCGCUUUGAAGUAAAGAAGUGGAAUGCAGUUGCCCUGUGGGCUUGGGAUAUAGUUGUAGACAACUGUGCUAUUUGCCGCAAUCACAUUAUGGAUCUUUGCAUUGAAUGUCAGGCAAACCAGGCGUCUGCCACAAGUGAUGAGUGCACUGUUGCGUGGGGAGUUUGUAACCAUGCUUUUCACUUCCACUGCAUUUCUCGUUGGUUGAAGACUAGACAAGUUUGCCCUCUGGACAAUAGAGAAUGGGAGUUCCAAAAGUAUGGUCACUAAAACUGAAUCAAUUGGAUCUGUAACUCCAAAUUUUUUUGUUUGUUCUCAAUAAUACCAGUGCUGAGGUAAUUCACUCAGUUACAAUGUUCUUUUCUUUCAACUUUAUAUAUUCAUAUGCUAUGCCCAUUUCAGUUACACAGAUUGUGUUAAAUAUUCAAUAAUAAAAGUUAGUUUUUUUCAUUUUAA